AUAAUUUGAGUUAUUCAGUUAUUUUUUGUUUCCACAUUCAGUUUGUACAGUGAUUAAUCCAUUUCCAUGGCUUCUUCAUCAAUUCGUCCCUCUUUUUCUUCAUUCAAGUUACCCUCUCUUUUUCAUCUUCGCAGUACCGGUGUUAGAUUGCCCCAUAAUUUUGGCCCGAAAGCAUCUAGGUUGUUGAGACAUGAUAGUAGAUGUAUGAGAGUGAUGUCAUCUGGGAACAUGUCUCCAUAUGCUACACAGGAAAAUGCGUUAGAUUGGGUGAAGCAUGACAAGAGAAGAAUGCUUCACGUCGUAUAUCGUGUCGGGGACUUGGACAAGAGCAUAAAAUUUUAUACAGAGUGUCUUGGAAUGAAGGUGCUUAGAAAACGUGACAUGACGGAGGAGAAAUAUACUAAUGCUUUUCUUGGAUAUGGCCCGGAGGAUGCACAUUUUGUUAUCGAACUAACAUACAAUUAUGGGAUUGACACGUAUGACAUUGGAACCGGAUUCGGCCAUUUUGGCGUUGCUAUGGAUGAUAUUUCAAGAAUUGUGGACAUUGUGAGAGCUAAAGGCGGAAAAAUCAUUAGAGAGCCGGGUCCAGUCAAGGAAGGCAGCUCAACUAUUGCGUUUAUUGAAGAUCCUGAUGGUUAUAAAUUUGAACUUUUGGAAAGGGCUCCGUCGCGUGAACCCCUGUGUAAAGUAAUGCUUCGGGUGGGUGAUCUUGAUCGAUCCAUAAAUUUUUAUGAAAAGGCUUUGUGUAUGGAGCUGCUUAGAACUCAAGAUGAUCCAGAAUCCAAGUGUACCAUUGCAAUACUCGGUUAUGGUCCAGAAAAAGAAAAUACUGUUCUGGAGUUGACUUACAACUAUGGAGUCACAGAAUAUGAUAAAGGAGAUGCAUAUGUUCAGGUUGCAAUAGGCACAGAUGAUGUGUACAAAACUGCAGAAGCGAUUAAACUUGCCGGAGGAAAAAUUACUCGUGAACCUGGACCGGUACCUGGUUACAGAACAAAAAUUACAUCAUGUGUAGAUCCCGAUGGUUGGAAGACGGUUUUUGUAGAUAAUCAUGAUUUUCGUAAGGAGGUUGAGUAGUUUUACGCAGUUUAUCACAGCGAUAAACUAGUAAAGAAAUAGCGUUCUUUGUAGAAGCUGUUCACGGCAAAGAAUGUUCAUACUCACAUCCAAUUUUUUGUAGAUGAUGGAAUAAUAAUGGCUACACAAAUUGAUCCUUGUAGCAAAUUUCUUUGGCAUUAAACAAUUGCAUCAGACACUGGUUUUCGCAUUUGUAAGAAGUUCUUUGUUGUAGCACUUCAUUGUAUCACAGGACGAGAUUUGACUUAUCUGAAGUGAGUGUUAUAUGAAGUGAGUGGAUUUAUUUUAGAAAAAAAAAAAGUAAAGUCUUUCACCUUUGAUGACAAAAUCAGCUGUUGUAUGGAUAUGCAUUAAUACAUAUAAUUCAUGAAUGUCUUAACA